AUGGCAGACCCUGUGUCAAUUAUUGGAACGGUUGGGGCUCUCGCCAACAUCAUCCAACUCGUCAGCCAAACAAUAAGCGGCAUUCGAGAUCUCCAAAGUGACUGGAAAGAUGCGAAUCUUAGCUUUCUCAGUCUGCUGGGCCAACUGUCCACUCUGCGAGUUGCCUUGAUGAAAAUCGAUGUAUGGAUGAAGAGUGACUUGGGGGAUGCUCACCACCAGUUGGUCCUGGACCUGGACGCCACAAUGGAUUGCUGCGGUAUACUUCUAACGAAUCUUCAAGAAUCAGUGGCAAAGCUGCAACAGGGACAAGAUAACACCCUGGACUUCCAUAGCAAGGUCAGGUUGAUGUUCGGCAAGAAGGGCAUCAGCGAUAUUCAGAGGUUGCUUGAGCACCAAACGAACGCUCUAACCCUGCUUCUAGCAGCAUGUAACUGCGAAACAUCAACAGAGCAAAACGCCCUCCUUGUCCGAUCGAGCAGCCGAAGAACCUUUCGUCGAUUGGAUCAGGAUUCGGCUUCAUUGAUUGUCCAUCGUGAUGGUGACUCGAUUGCCACUCAGACAACCGACGGCCUCUCAAAACUUUCCCUUGCCUUCUCAUUUGACCAAGAGGUAUUUACCUCCAGCGUAUAUGAGCGAUACUUCCGUGGGUUUGCGAAGAAGGCUCUCAGGCAUCCUCGAAGAAAUGAUAACGCUGCCACUGAGCAGGCUCAGGCUAACCAUAGCAUCAACCGUAGCUCGAGGCACCAUAGCAAUAAUAUACUUCUAUUCGGUUACGACCAUACCCAAAUAGGUGACUUUCUACGUCCCAUGUUUACCUCAAUCGACGCUAAACACACUGGUAUUGGCCUGAUACUCGAGCGAGCAGCGGUAUACAGGUACCUCAUCAUCUACGUGAAGCGCUUAGCUUUGGGCCUCAAGGCAUCAGGCUUCCAAUUCAGUGUUAAGGAUAAUUCGACGAACUGUGACUUCCUGCUGGGGUAUGUGGACGACUUAGAUCCUGCAAAGCCCCUUGAUGCGCGUAUAGGGGAGGCUAUAAAAUCGCUCUGGCGUGACCCAGCUCUCCAGAGAGCUAGAUUAAAGAGGCCUAUUAUUCCGCUGAUUUACUUGUUGCGUGAUAUUGACCGCAUCACUGCUGCGGACUACAUCCCCACAGCGGUGGAUAUAGACGCCGUGGGAGGCAGAUUGCCAGUUGUGAUGCAGGUACAAGUGAUCUAUCAGCACACCAAUCGAGAAUCGCAAUUUUUGGACGGCGGACUCCUCGACGUUACACUGCGAUUCGUGACACCUGAUAUUAUUUCGCGCUUCAGUGUCAGUGUCGACUACGACUUCACUAGUGUCUCCAACAUCUUCCUGUUGGCGAAUGGAAAGGGCGCCCGCGUUGGAAGCGACCCGGGGCCUCUAUUCAAUGAAUGGAUUGAGUGUAUCCAUUCCAUUCUCUGGACGACACAAGCUCCGUGGUUCCCACGAGCCAAGAGCCUUAUUGUUGUAUUCCAAAACCUCAGCGUGCAUCGAGAGCAGGGGCCUGUAAACUCUGCAUUUCUUGACCAUCACCUAGAGGAACUCUUUCGAUCGUGGAUACCUUUCUCUUCGCUAGUGAUACUGCUAUAUCCAUGUAUACAAACGAAUGACCCUUGGAGCGUGGAGAACUGGAUUCAACUGCUUCGGUUAGGGCUGGUGUUUUCCUCCGCUACCUUGAUCUCGAAUGUGAUUCAGCGCGGGAUAACAAAGCCGCACUCCAAGUACAGAAUCAUUCCACGAGUACGUGGAUCCCCUGAACGCUAG